AUGGCUGGAUCAAAAGAUGAAUUGAUUGAAAGAGUUGCCGAUAGAAAAACUUUGGGAAGUAUUCCUAAUUGUUCUAAGUGUGGAGGUGGAAAACUUAAAUUUGAUAUGUAAAAAGGAGAGUAUUUUUGUAAAGGAUUUAUGGAAGAUACUACUUUUAGAUUUUGUAGGGCAAAGUUUUCUAAAAAUGAAGUCACUAGAUAUGAUUUUAAUGAUAUUUGA